UGCGAAACAGCAGUCAGAAGCAAUUAAAUGGCGGAGAUGUACAAUGCACGGAAGCAGGGAGAAAUGGACGAAGGAUGCCUGGAGGGAAGCGGGCGCAAUGCCGUUUUGAAGCAGGCCGAGCGGCAUGACGGUUGGCUGUAACCCCAGCCCAACACUUGGGCGCUUGACAUCACCGAAGUCGAGGCCGAUUUUCAGGCUCCGAGGCUUCGGAAAAGCCAGCGCUGAAAGGGCGCUCGGGCGCAAGCAGCGAAUCGCGUGCGCGCCUCACGACCGUCGGCCUUUGAAAACUGGGCAACACGGACGAUUAGCGUGGGGUACACUGGUGGUCCAAAGGUCUCAGCGUGGCCCGUCCCCCGCAGUCGUCGUUUUCCAGAAGCGAUAUACGUGCGACAAAAUGCCUCUGGGGCGGCCUCGUGUCAAACGCUCGACGGGCCAGCACAUUGCGCGUCAGCCGCCCGGAGAGCCACUGCACGUAAUCCCAACGGCCAGCAGCACAGAUGGAUCAUGGGGUUCACCAAGGCACAACGAGUUUCAGCUGAGAUGCCGACGUACCGGAAGAACAAACUGCCAACCUAGCGUGGGGGGUUCCGUCCGUCGGCAACCAGCUUCCAGCGCCAGGAAGUUCGGAGCGGACUUCCACACGAGAUGAUCCUGCCACUGCUCUUGUGCAAACAUACCCCGGACGGCAUAGCGCGCCUGACCCCGGCCGCAAACAGACGACGGCUGUGCAUGGGCGGGCAGGAGGGGAGAUGACUCACAUGACGCUGUUCGUUCAGAGAUUGCCCGAUCGACAAAGGGAU